AUCGCGCUAACUGUGAUGCUACACAUUGUAGCGUAGGGAAAAUGUCUAUGGGAAAAAUGACCACAGCAUUAUUCAAGUCCCUUGGUAUUUUAACCAAACCUAUACGAGAAACUCACACGAGCGAUGGCCAAAGCACGCAAACGACACUUUUAUCAGCUCUUCAGAGGAACCUGUCAGAGCUUCAUGAGCACCUGUCAGCGGGUGGAGAGCCAGAAGAAGCCCGUCAACUGCUGGAGGACGUCAGGAGAGAGAUCACAUGGGUGUACAACGAUACUGUUGACGUAACUUGGAGCUUUGUCAAGGAGCUUCUUCUCCUACUGCUUUGCCUGGCACGUCACCUCACCCUUCUCCUGGAUGCCUUUCAGCAAGAUCCUGCAGUACCAACUCCUGGCACCCCUGAGGCCGCCCCACCUCUGCCUCCAGAUGUGCUAAGUGUGGUUCAGCAGAAAACACUGGCCUCUGUGCUGCAGUUUGUGGUCACGCUGGGGCUCUGCCCGUAUUUGGCACCUGGCGUUGGGGUGCCACUGGGGCUGAGGUCGGCGUUUGGGGUCGCAGUAGAAGGAGCAGUGCGUAAUGACGUGGCCCCUGCAGGGGAACGUCGUUUACUUAUCACAACUAAUGUUUUGCUAGAGGUGUCUACCCUGUCAUCUUUAGCAACUCCUGUUUUUACACGCCACCUGGGUGACAUCAUGGCAGCUCUGUGUCAGUUAGCGUAUAGACCACAUCGUCCAGAAGGAGAUGGCACAAAGAACAACAAGGGACUGACAGUAGAGGAGCGCAAAUCCUGCAGAGAAGCACUUCACAAUCUUUUGGGAAAAGUGUACCAGCCAAUUGUCAUCAAGGAACUGCUGGUUCUCCAAGGAGGUCCUAAACAGGCAUCUUCAGGUUCCAGAGGUGGAAGUGCUGGAGGUAAAGCUCUGACCCAGGCACCCGCAUGGCUGAGACGCCUUUGUGGGCAGCUGCUCUCUGACAGGUUAAUGCAACCUUAUGGGGUCCAAGCAGUGGUGAGGGCGAUCCUGGAGGGGCCCGGAGUAGGUGGAGACUCUGACUGGAAGAAAUGUGACGCUGUGGCUAAGAUUCUUGCAGCCUGUCCUCAGCAGUCUCUCUCUGCUGAGAGUUACUACAGUCAAGUGUGUCCACAGGUUCUGGAGCUUCUGCAUUUCAAAGACAAGCUGACUGCACAGCAGUUCCAGAGAGUUGCCACCAGAACGGCGCUCACCAUGGUUCAAGAUCGACCCGAGUUUGCACAUCGAUUCCUGCUCGGACCUCUAUUCGCCCCCCUUCAUUGCUGUGCAGAUGAAAAAGGAAAUUACCAAUCCCAGGAUGCAGUGGAGGAGUGGGAACUGACACGCUGUAUUGAGGAUGUAUACAAAAUCUGUGUGGUUGGCAACAGUCCAUCUGAAGUGCUAAUGAAAGCCCUGCGGGAUGUCAUCGCAACCUUAUUCAGCCUCUUUUGCUUCACAAAACACAACGUGUCUCAUUUGCGCACACCUUGUCAGGAGAUCCUGAUAUGGUGCCUGUCUCACUCAGAGCGCUCAGAAGCUCUUUCACUGCUGAAGCGCCUGUGUGGACUGAUGGGAGAUGUGGGCGGAGUCAGACACGGCUUUCAGUUCUUACCUGGCAGUGAAGGAGGGGCCAGACUUAGUGUUAUAGAGUCGAUUAGCGAUGAAGACGAUGCUCUCUACGAGAAGGUCUCAGGCGAGCAGUGGAAAGUUCAUUGUCUGGUGCAGCUGCUGGGAGAGAUGAAGGACGGUGACCUGCCUGGAGAGUUUUUCUUAUUGCUGUUGGAGAAUUUAACAGCUGUGGCUGCUGAGAAGGAGGAGGGGUUUGAACAGGAAAUUGACACCUCAUCCAUGACCCUGCUGGAGCUGGAGCAGCACCUGCUGGAGCGUGCGAGUGGACACGGGCAGAGACUGGCUCUGCUCCAGACAUUAGCCAUCAUGUGUGAAGGUUCACACACGCUUCUGCUCAGCAAACCCACUCAGGUGGUUGGGUUUAUAGUGUCCAUGCUGCAGAGGGCAUGUGUUGGUCUGGAGGAGUGUGGUGCUGACAGUCCAGUAGAGAGUCAGACUCUCAGUAUGGGAAUGGGUCUUGUGGCCACUCUACUGUCAGGAGCUGAUGAGCUAAACUCAGACGAUUUCUCAUCAAUGGCUGCAUUGCUGCCGCCUCUGGAGCAGAUAUCCCAAAAGCACCCUGAAGCCGUCAUCCAGGAACUGGCCUCUGAUCUGAGAGCCACCAUCGCUACACAUGGCGCUUACCGCUCAGAAUCUGUUCCCAGAGCAGCCAGCCAACACAGACCUGCUCAAACAGCUGGUCACAGUUCCAACACCCACCCAACCAAAACAUCAUCUUCCAAACCUCACACUAACCCAACAAGUAUCAAGAACCCGACUGUACCGGGGCAGCUAACGUCCACUCAUUCACACAACUCUAAAGACAGUCCCAGCAUUUCAGUUAGUCGGGUUCACACACCACCAAUGUCCCAUCCCAAAUGCGCGACAGUACCUGCCGAAGCCUCUAAAGUCUCAACCCACACUACUGAACCAAAGUCUGAACAUACAGUCAAACAGACAGCUGUAAGGAUUUCUGAUGGAUCUGUCCCACCCAGUGAGGUGUUUUCGGAGUGCCUUCUGGAGGCCUGUGACCCGGAUGUGCCCACCAGAGCCGUAGCACUGCGCUCACUAACCCGUUUCUGUAAAGAUGGAGAUAAAGCGGCAUUGCAAAACAAGGACAAACUGCUGAUGCUCUUUCUGGAGAACUUGGAACAUGAAGACUCUUUUGUCUAUCUGUCUGCUAUUCAAGGGUUGGCAGUGCUGGCUGAGUCUUUCCCUGAGCAGAUUCUGCAGAGAUUGCUGGGAGAGUAUCAUACCGGGGCGAGCGAAGGUUCCCCCCAGAGGGAAUGUUCUCUAGAGACACGCCUCAAAGUGGGCGAGGUUUUAAUGAGAGCCAGCAGGGCGAUGGGUGACUUGGCUCCGCACUACGGCCGUCCUCUGAUUGGUGUGUUCCUAAGCGGCACACGAGAUGAGGACAGCAGUGUGCGUGCCAGCAGCCUCUCCAACCUGGGAGAACUGUGCCAACGGCUCGACUUUUCCCUCGGACCGCUGGCACAAGAGCUGAGCACGUGUCUCACAGCGUUGAUAAAGACGGAUAGAGAGGCAGAGGUUCGACGGGCUGCGGUCAAUGUCAUUACUCUGGUACUAAGAGGACUUAGUGAUAAAACCACACAGGUACUUGGCGAUGUUUUACUGGAACUGUAUCGGGCUUUGAAGUGGGUGGUCCGGUCGGACCCGGAUGAAGUGGCCAAGCUCCACGCUCAGCUUGCUCUGGAGGAGCUGGAUGAUGUCAUGAGGAGGUUCAUCUUCCCUCAGCAGAAACUCGUGAAAAAGAUUGUGGUUCUUCCUUGAAAGCUCUUCAGUAGUUACAUAAUCUGUUUUACAGACAGAAGAUUCCCUCUCAAGAUGUAUACUUGCCAUAGAUUUCUUUACCCGUUGUAAAUGAAACUUUUUUUAGUUUAUUCUUUCUUAAAAUCUUUGUUCAUGUUUCUUGUCUGAGAGUUGAUAAAGUAGCUUUGUGUUUUUGUUAUCGGCCGCAGUGAGAAAAAAAGCUUGAUAUAUGUCUCUGUAAAUGGCCUUUUCCACGCGGCAUUGGUGAUAAAAUGUCUCUUUGCUUUUUAUCCAGUGUUUGUGGUACAUAUAAAGACGACUGGGUCGUGACAUCAUUCUAAGACACGACAGGGUAAUUUGUCAUUCUCUUUAAACUCUCACCCAAAAUCACUGCUAGCCAUAUAGCUUACUGACCGCUGUUCUACUCUUAGCAACAAUGUAGGUAAAAUUAGUAUUUUACUUGCGAAGGUAUAAAAUGCUAAAUUGCGUGUCUGAUGAAUGUAAUGAAAUAUAGCGAUCUUAUUUUUCCAAAAUAAAAAUGGUCAUUUAUAUUUACAAUGUACUUUUAUUAGAACUCUCAUGUCUUCUCCAGUUUAGAUUUGCCAUUGUUAUAGAUGUUUUAAAGACAUCAUAAGCACAUGUCUGGAUAUCUAGGGUGUGUUCCUGUCUGCUCUAGCCAAAAAUGACUCGUUGUGCUAAACUUGAGUUAAAUAAAAAACCAAGAGGAUUUGAAUUCUUUGAAAGUAAGAUUAAUAUUAAGAGUAAAAUGUGAGAAAAAAAAUUUUCUGGCUGCACCUGCUGCUCUGCAAAUGUUCGUGAUGGAUCCUUUUGUUAGGGAACGAGAACUCCUAAACAUUUUGGUCCGAUUCAUAUUUCACAAAAUCUUGGAAGUGUUAAAUCUGCAACAAUUUACAAUAAGGUUGCGUUUGUUAAUAUUACUUAAUGGAUUAGUGAACAUGAACUAACAACAAACAAAACAUCCAAAGCAUUUAUUAAUCUUAAAGCACUUCAUGAUGCCAAUAAAAAGAACCAAUUUUGGCGAAA